AGUAGUUACAACUUACAAAUAAUAUCUCAGAGAGAGAGCUAGAAGAAUCGGUUCGGUUUUUUUUUUUUUUUUGUCUGCGUAUAUGUAAAGCCAAGAUCAGUGUUUUAUAUUAAUUUCUUGGAAUCUUUGCGAUGACAACACUGUUACAGGUUUCAAUCAAUUUCUCACAUUUCAACAGCUUACGCGAUGAUUCAAGCAGGAAACACAACUGUUGUGUAUUGAAAUUAUCAGCACCCAAUUGCUGCUACACACUCUCAGGAACAAAUAUUGGCUCUUUACAUCAACGUAAAUUCAAACCUGGUGGCUAUAGAGGGAGAUGGUCGUUCUUGGGACUAAGCAGCUGUAAAGAUGAGUUUUGGGUGGCAGAACAAGGGUGGAAGAGGAAGAAGAGCCUAGUUGUGGUUAGAUUUAAUCAAGGGUUUCGCUUUAAUGAUGGUAGUGGUGGUGGUGGCGGUGGUGGUGGUGGGAGAGAUAACGGUAAAACUCUGAGGCUUUUGGGUAAUCUUGCAUUUGCUAUUGGCUUGACUUAUCUUUCUGUAACUGGACAGCUUGGUUGGGUUUUGGAUACAAUCGUUUCUAUUUGGCUCCUUGCAGUGCUGCUACCAAUUGUGGGUUUGGGAGCUUUUAUCUGGUGGGCAGGACGAGAUAUAGUUCAAGGCAGCUGCCCAAACUGUGGAAAUGAUUUUCAGAUAUUCAAAUCUUUUCUAAAUGACGAUUUGCAGUUGUGCCCCUUUUGUAGUCAACCUUUUUCAGUGGUAGGCAACGAGUUUGUAAGGGAUCCUGUGAAGUUCUCCAAUGAAUCUGCGACAUUUGGACAAGCAUUUCAUAGAGUCUCUCGUGGCUCAAAGAAAGGAAAGGAUUCUCCUCAAGCAGUUGUUGAUGUUGAAGCUGAAAUAAAAGAUGUCGACUGAGACUUUAUCAAGAAUAUCGAUGGCAUCUGGUAGAAACCUUAAAUCCCUCAAUGACACAACACAAUUGUGCACAUGCAUUCAUACCAGGGAAAAAGAAAAAAAGGCAAAGAAGAAAUAUAUUAAGUUAAUAUCCUGAACAAAUUUGUAAAUUUGAUACUACUUUUGAGUUGACUAGAAUAGUAUGAGAAAAAUAUUAUGGAAACUUGUUUGUGUCUAAUUUUUACCCUAGUAACAUUGAUGCACACUAAAACAGGUAAAAGAAAAGGAUGGAAGUUUUUAAGAGAAGUUUUUGGUCUGUUUUCAUGGGAAGUGGAGUCGACGCUGCUAUCAAAUUGCUGGCCAGAGUAUAGGGAGAUACAAGUAUUCUUUCCUUAUGUGGCCGGAAAUUUUUGAUAUUGGCUUUCUUUUACAAGUAUAUAGAAAUUGAGUAAUCCCAUAGUGUUUCAGGAUGAUGAUGUUUUUUUUUUUUUUUUGCCUCGGUUGUGUGUAUAAUUAUUGUAAUUGGAUUAUUACCAAAAACAGCAACCGUCAUUGUAGACAAUGUUGGCAUUAUUUUGAAUGUCAGACCGACAUUGCAGUAGUACC